AUGUCACUGCUGAGCACGUUAUGGUUUGGAUCUGGACCAGAGUCAGCCCCCCCUUGGCUGCUUUUGCUGCUAUUUGGUAUCUCCUUGGUCCUAGUAAAAGUCUUCACUUGGACUUAUGCCUUCUAUGACAAGUGCAGCCGCCUCCAGUGUUUCCCCAAUCCCCCAAUGUGGAACUGGCUUUCGGGUCACAUGGGCUUGAUCAGUCUCAAUGAACAGGGAUUGCUGAACAUAACUAAGCUGGUAGCCACCUAUCCUCAGGGCUAUCAGAGCUGGCAAGGACCUUUCAGCCCCGCCAUCUCUCUGUGCCAUCCUGACUUCAUCAAGCCGGUUGUCAAUGCUUCAGUUGCCGUUUCAAUGAAGAUCACGUUAGUGUCCAAAUUGCUGAAGCCCUGGCUGGGAGAAGGGCUUCUGCUGAGUGAAGGUGACAAGUGGAAAUACCACCGCCACAUGCUGACACCUGCCUUUCACUUCAAUAUCCUGAAACCCUACGUGCAGAUCUUCAGUAAGAGCACGGAUAUCCUGCACGAUGAAAACGGGAAAAGAUUGUCAGAUGAGGAUAUCCACGCAGAGGUUGAAACCUUCAUGUUUGGGGGUCAUGAUACCACAGCCAGUGGCCUCUCCUGGGUCCUGUACAACCUUGCCAAACACCCCGAAUAUCAGGAACGUUGCCGUAAGGAGGUACAGGAACUCCUGAAAGACCGUGGGUCAGAGGAGAUUGAAUGGGAUGACCUGGCCCAGCUGCCCUUCCUGACAAUGUGCAUCAAGGAGAGUAUGCGGUUGUAUCCCCCAGUCACGACCAUCUUCCGCUGCUGUACCCAGGACACAGUGCUUCCAGAUGGCCGGGUCAUCCCCAAAGACACCAACUGCCUCAUCACCAUCUUUGGGACUCAUCAUAACCCCUCUAUUUGGCCAGACCCUGAGGUCUAUGAUCCCUUCCGCUUCAACUUAGAAAACUCUCAGAAAAUGUCACCACUGGCUUUUAUUCCCUUCUCUUUCGGGCCCAGGAAUUGCAUUGGACAAAAGUUUGCCAUGGCUGAGAUGAAGGUGAUCCUGGCUCUCACAUUGCUGCGUUUUCGCAUCCUGCCUGAUGACAAAGAACCACAGAGGAAGCCGGAGAUUGUCUUACAUGCUAAGGGUGGGCUGUGGUUGCGAGUGGAACCACUGGCUAAUGGCCUGCAGUUGUCUCCAGCCUCUUAG